AUGUCCUGUCCGGGGGGCAGCGCGGCCGCCGCCGCCUUCCUGAUGGAGCCGCUGGCCCGGCCCGAGCCCUUCGCGCCCGCCGCGGGGCUCUUCCCGCAGCCCGGCGACUUCGCGGCCCUGCGCAGCUGCCAGAAGCGCGACGAGGCCUCGCUGGGCUCCUUCCCGUCCUACCUGGCCCAGCUGGACUCGUGGGCCGAGCCCAAGGGCGCCUUCCGGCCGGAGCCGCUGCCGAGCUGCGCCUUCCCCGGCGUCAAGGAGGAGAGCGGCUGCUGCCUGUUCGCCGAGAAGCGGCCUCGCAGCGCCGCCUUCGCCGCCCAGCCCUGCCCGGGCCGGCCCGAGGGCAGCGCGGCCGCUUUCUACCCCUACCCCGAGCUGCAGGAGGGCCCCGAGGCCGCCGAGCUCCGGCCCGGGCUCCGCGGGGAGCGCCUGGAGGCGGCCCCGGCCCCCGCGGCCGAGCGCGGAGCGGCCCCGGCCCCGCCGGGCGCGGAGCAGCCGCGGGGCGAAGUCAAAGCCGAAAAGGCCAAAGCGGGCGCGGGGCAGGCGGAGAAGGAGCCGGGCAAGAGCGCGGACGGCGGCAGCAGCGAGAAUUCCGACAGCGAGGCGAAAGAGGAGGCGGCGGCGGCGGGCGCGGGCGGGACGUGGCUGACGGCGCGCAGCGGGCGCAAGAAGCGCUGCCCCUACACCAAGCACCAGACGCUGGAGCUGGAGAAGGAGUUCCUGUUCAACAUGUACCUGACCCGCGAGCGCCGCCUGGAGAUCAGCCGCAGCAUCGCGCUCACCGACCGCCAGGUCAAGAUCUGGUUCCAGAACCGCCGCAUGAAGCUCAAGAAGAUGAACCGCGAGAGCCGCGUGCGCCAGCUCAGCGCCGGCUUCAGCUUCAGCUGA